AUGGAGGAUGAGAAAGUAGUAAAGUUUAUUGAUACCAGAGAUGAGCGGGUGCUGGAGGAUUGCACGAAAGCGCAGCUGCAGUCGAUAGCUGACCACUUUGGGAUAAAGUUGAGAUCUUCCAAAGUGGGAGAGAGGAGACUUGAGAUCGUGGCACAGCUCAGGGCCCGAGAUGAGGCUUUAUGGGAGGAACGACCACGGACAGCUGCCAGUGCAGGGGAGAACCUGCGUAAGGAAGAGCGUGAUCAAGAAGCACAGCUGAGACGUGAAGAACGGGAGGCACAGCUGAAGCGUGAGGAACGAGAAGCACAGCUGAGAUGGGAAGAGCGUGAGCACGAGGCACAGCUGAGACAGGAGCGCGAGCUGGAAGCUAAGCUGAAGCAGCAAGAAAUUGAAGCAAACCGAGAGGUUGAGCUGAAGCGAGCUGAACUAGGGCUAGCCCCACCUGCCCCUCCACAGCAGGAAGACCAUCGGCUGGUGUAUGGACAUGAGGUACGAAGUCCUUUGUCCAUGCUGAAAGAACAAUGGACACCAGGAGUGACCGUGGGAACGGUCAACGAGUACGUUCAGAAGUUCAAGGAGCGUCUCACUUUAGCAAAGGAACUAGCAGGGAAACAUUUGAAGGAUGAGCAGCGUAAGAUGUCAGAAUGGUAUGACAAGAAAGCUACGCCAAGAGAGUUCCCGGUUGGGUCCCAGGUUAUGGUAUUGCUGCCAGGGAAGAGCCGAGUGACAGAGUCACGAUUCGAGGGACCGUACAGGGUGCUACGGCAGUUGGGUCCUGUAACUUAUGAAAUCGAGGAGGAAGGAAAGUGGUCCAGGGCGGACGGCACCCAUCUCACCAAUUCGGAGAAUUUGGCGAAGAUUGAAGACAAGUUACAACACCUGGAAAGACAACAGAGCGCGGACCUGACGAACCUGUUGAGAGAAAAUUCCUCUGUCUUUACCGACGUGCCCCAACGACACAAAAGUGUAACGCACGAGGUAGAG